CCGGCCGCCGCCGCGAUGGAAGGUGAGCGCCGGUGGGGAGCGGGGCCGCGCCUGACGCGCUGUCCCGCUGCGCUUGCAGUGGAGCUGUACCGCCGCCUGUCGCCCGAGGAGACCGGGGAGCUGCGCCUCCAGCCUCAGGGCUCACAAGAGGCCACAGCAUUUGUAAAUGCCUUCCUGAAGCUUAGCAUGCCAAAAAAGAAAGAUAAAGCUAUUCAGGACAUGCUGACUCGGAAGGCUGUGGUUCUUGAGCAUUAUGCCAAGAAAAAGACCAAGCAAAAGAGGAAGAAAACCAAAGGUUUUACUGCCAAGCAGAGGCGAGAAAUGCGUCUUUUUGAAAUUGAACCCAAGCAGCAAAGGUAUGCCAUCUUUCUACCACUACAUCAACUCUGGAAACAGUACAUCAAAGACCUGUGCCAUGGCCUUAGACCUGAAUCGCAACCACAUAUUGUGCAGGGCAAACUGCUCAAAGCUGAUCUCCAUGGAGCAAUCAUUACAGUCACAAAAUCAAAAUGCCCCUCUUAUGUGGGGAUAACAGGAAUUGUUCUACAGGAAUUUAAACGUGUCUUCAAAAUUAUCACCAAAGAGGACAAAUUAAAAGUUGUUCCCAAACUUAACAACGUAUUUAGUUUUGAGAUUGAUGGAUUCAUUUCCUACAUCUACGGAAACAAGUUCCAGCUUAGAGCAAGUGAGCGAUCUGCAAAAAAAUUCAAGUCCAGAGGAUCUAUUGACCUCUGACUUCAUGGAAAAUCAGAAGUAUUACUAGAAAGGUCUGCUGGUUUUCUGCAGUUUAAAGACCAGGUUUUCUGGCAGAUUGAAAAUGGAAUAGCUAUGUGAAGUAUUUCUAAAGCAUUUCUUCUUAAUGAAGAAUGACUAGCGUUGGUUGUCUUUAAAGCAGUCUCGCAGACUGUUGGAAUUUUUAUGUUUUGUUAUUUGUAUAUAACGUUCUGAUUUUUAUUAAACUUUUUUGAUUAGAUUCGAUUACCUGACUUACAUUUCAAUUUAUAAUCAUAAAUUAGCAAAAUGAAAAUCAUAUCUUUUAACUGAUGUUAUUGUCGCUUUCUGUGUAAAUCAGACUUUAUCUACCUGUUAAAUACUUACAAUGAGACUGCAGGUAGUGACAGCUCUCAUAGUCAUUGCUCCUGGGCCAUCUUUAACAUAUUUGCCUGGUAUAAGCAUGUGCAAGUAGGUUGUUUCAACUGAUAGGUUUCACCUUGAAUUUCUCCUUCCUUGUGGUUAAUAUUGCUACAGAUAAUAUGUAUAGGAGUGAAAAUACAAACAAGCAUACAGAGACAUGUUUUCUAAGUAAUAAAAAGUUCUGGUUACCUUAUUAUUCCUGCUGCAGUCACUGACAGUUUCCCACUGAAGACCACUGGAUGGCUAAUUCCCAGCUCCUGCUAUUUAUGCUCCUCCCUCAGCACACACUACAAUUUCCCUAAUUCAUCUCCCUUUGCUUCCACAAAGGGAGGCCUUACCUUAAGUGAUCAAAGUACAAGGCUUCAGCAGUGCACAAGGUCUCCUUUUGGGCAACAGCCCCACCUUCUUCAGCCUACACACCACGUGAGGCUGGAGCAGCAUCUGCAGGAUAGAAGGUCCCCAACAGCCAGCAGCAGCUAUAUCAGACCAGUCUUCUGCACCACCACAGAUGAGGCAAAUGCCUAGCUGGCCUCUUGGAACACCCAAACUCCAAACAAGCUCUCUUGAGAUGGAAAAAAACUUCAGUACCUUGAAAGACUAACCCGUAUCAGCUGCGCCUCCUGCCCCAGCUCUGCUGCCUUCCUACACCCAGUGUGAGCUCCUUAGCAUGCGGAGCCUCCCUGAGUAAAGCACAUUACAGGACAAAUGCUCACCCUCAUUCACCCCGUGAGACAAAAACUGGAUUCACAGAGCUUACAACAUUCACCAGACCAUGGUCCUACAUACUGUGUCAAAUUAUUUGUUGACAACGGACAAUUCCGUGGAAUUUCACAGAGGUUUGACCCAUCUUUAUCUCACGCUUUCCUUCCUUAAUUGUGUCAUUCCUACGGUAACUAACUCCAAUUCUGAGUCACCCUUCCCCACAGCCUGUGAUGAAAAUGUACGCUUCUGGUAAGGCAGAAACCUCCCUCUGUGUACGGAUUCAAUUAAAUUACAAGCAGAUGUGAAAAAUGGAGGAUCAAGCAUCCACUGCUGCUGAGAGGAGCAGUUACCCCUGGCAAACACAGACCUGGGCUGCAGAACACAGAACCUGGCGCUCCACCUGCAGACAGGUUUUGACACCCAGCCCUGCACACUGCCUGGUGGACAGGGAUUAUGAAGAACUACAGAGAACCCAGCAACAUUAAUACUGAAUUAAAAGCUCUUCAUGUUAGGAGAGCUCUCUGCUGCUUUCUAUUAUUGUUUUAGAUAAGGUACAGUACCUUAUAACCAUUGAGGGGAAAAAAAAAAAAUAAAAAAUACAAAUUGUCUAUAUUAAUGUAACUGAGCUUUGAACCAGGAUGCUGAGGGAAAAGGCGUAACCUAAACUUUACCAUCCUCAGGCUGCUCCCCACCCUGUUUUCAGGCUAUUACCUUUUUUCAUUCAUUAGGAACUAUUCCCACAGCACCUAAUUACUGCCGAACAACACGGAUUUAAAACAUGUUAUUUUCAUAGACUUUCAGGCACUGAACAGUCUUCUAAAUAACCAUCACCUUGUACAGGCAACUGAACAGCAUGUUAGAGAUUUGCAGUACAGGCCUGUUAAUAGAAAUCUCUUCUGGUGUAUUAGUUAAUAAAUUCAGUCUUAUUUCUUUCAGCUCUCAGAA